AUGGAGGAAGGAAAGGCCAAAUGUCACAUCAAACUGAAAAAGAGCGACCAGAAGAAUAAUAGCACCAGGAAAAGAAAGACAUUGAACGUAUUUGACGGUUCCCAUUAUAGCCAGGACGAGGGGAAAGAUAAGAAUGAGACAGAGGAAGGGACAGCUGCAAAAGCACAAAAAAUUAGGGGCAUAAAAAAUGGACAAAUUGUAGUUGAUCCAAGUAACGAUUUGGAGAAAGAAGCCAAUUCAGCAACGUCCCAUUUUAUUCGUUCUCUGCAGGAGAAGCUUGAGCGAGUUCAGAGUAAGAAGAAAAUUGUUUAUUUGAAUUUUCCCAAAAAAGGGGGAACCGGGUUAAGUGAUAAAAAGUCUAAUGGGGAAAUUGUCAGUGUUAGCAGUUCGGAGGAAGGACCUAUCGAGCUGUCAGCAGGUUCCGCGGAUGUAAGGGACCCAAGUGAUCAUUCAUACGAAUCGGAGGACUCAGCCGGAUUGGGAGAUGAGGAACUGACGGCCGACUUCCACCAGGACCCAAAGCAGCCAGACAAAUCGCAGAAGUACCACAUCUCGGAGGAGAGCCUAACCUAUAAGAGGAAAGUCUUCCUGGAAAAAUUCAACAAAAAUGAAAAGGAGUCCAUUUUUAAAAACGAAAUGAGAAUGUACACAGAUUUUGACGAUCACCACAUCCAAGUGGAAAAUUACGGGAAACGAAUUUUGAGCAAAAUGGGAUUCAACGAAGAGGUUUACAAUAGGUACAUAAAUCAAUACUACCAGGAACGGAGCGACAAGAACUACUUUGACAGGAUAUAUGACUCGUUCCAGUCACGGGAGUUUCGGUUCACCGGUGUGGGUGCGGAAGAAGAAAUGAGGGAGAAUAUGCAGCGGAUUAGGGGUGCCAAGGGGAACCGAAGUAAGAGCAGAAGUGGGAGUAGCAACAACGGGGAAGACAGCACAACGGGGCGAAAAAAAAGGCGAAGCGAAGGAAGCGACCGUGGUCAUAAGCCCCAUGAAAACGCCCACAGGAGCAACAAUAAAUGGGAACAUGGAGAAGAAGCAACAUGCGCAGACCCCCCCCCAAGUGACAACACAGAUAACCUAUUCGAAGGACUUAUUGUGAAAAUUAACUUAAAGACUCAUGAAUUUUACAAACGGAAGGGGGUCAUAGUUUACACGAAAAGGAAAAGGAAAAGGAAGACGAAGGGGAGGAACGUCGGGUGGGAUGACGAAUCCAGGUACAUCCUUGGCUUACUCCUUUUUAAAAGUCAGAAAUAUAUCCAUCUGUACAAAGAAAUGGUUAAGAAAAAGAUAAAGGACUACCUGUCGUGGAAGGAAGGAGAUCAUCCCCGUGGAGACGACUCCAGUGUGGACGAUAGCCAAAACGAGAGGAAAGAAUUUUGGGAAGCUUUCCUUAAACAACUAAUAAAAAAGGUGAAACGUGACAGGGAGGAUGACCAUGGGGUGAGAAAUAACGAAUCGAAAGAACCAUUCCACCUUACCGAAGUGAAGUCCAAGUAUGUCGAAACGAGCAUCACCGAUGACACAGUCAAAUGCAAGGUCGUCGGGACAGGUAUUCACCUCUCCAGGGGUGACACGUCUUUGUAUAAACAGACCGUCAAGCUGAAAAAGAUCAAAGGUGAUCACGCGAACGUUGAAGUCGAGGGGGGGCACAUACUGAGGCUCUCCCUGGACGACAUUUGCCAAUACAUAAGUCACGUGUGA